AUGGUUGGCGGGGAGCGCAGGCGGAGCAGCAGCCAGGUGUUCUCUGCUGCUCUUGGGCUGUUAGAGAAGGGAUCAACACAGGAGUUUCUGGUGGCGACGCGUAUGCUUGUCACCGUCAUCCACAACCUCUGCAAGAACCCAAACAGCGACAAGUAUCGCAAACUCAAAACUACAAGCGAGAUUAUUCAACAAAUCUUGGCCAUUCCCUUCACGCAUGACUGCCUCAUCGCAUGCAACUUUGUCAAGCAUGACAAGUAUUACAAGCUGCAAGGAGACAUCGACGUGAAAGACCUUCACGCCUGUAUGGACCUUCUCAUCGAAGCCCGAAAGAGGAAAGGCGUGAUGGAGGCGUGGGAGGUGUUCCCGUCCGAUCUUGAGCUUGGCGAUAAGAUUGGCAGCGGCAAGUUUGGAGCCGUGUUUGAAGGUCUAUGGAACGGCCACAAGGUGGCCAUCAAGACCAUGAAACGCGCCACCCAGGACGGCAUGCGCGAUUUCGAACGCGAGGCAGAAGUGAUGCGCACACUCAAGCAUCCAAACGUCCUAAACUUGCUUGGCGUUGUGCUGACGCAGCAGCCAGCGCUCAUUGUGCUUGAGCUGAUGGGGGCCAGCUUCCUCUCCCUGCUCACAAAAUGCGAGCUCACAGACAAGGACAUCCUCGACUGCGCCAUGCAG